AUGACUAUUGAGAAAUCCGCCAAGGCCGCAAAUGACUUCGUUGCAAAAUUAAAAGCCGACGGUUCUGAAAUGGACUUUUAUGAUUUGGGAAUAGUUUACAAGGAGUACAAAAUUAUUUUAACUGAUUUACCCACAAAAGACAAAGGAACCUUCUCGCUUAAUGUGUUAUGUAUGCUCUGCAGGAAUCUAGAUAAAGUUCCAAUAUGGCGUGACAAAAUCUCCAACAAGGACCUGCUAGAGCUGUGUAUAGAGUGCUUGAGACAAACUAGAGCACUAAACAAACCUGAACAAGUGAAGACACUAGCAUCUGUGUAUCACAUUCACAGGCAUAUAAUUCGACAGAGUACGUCAGUACCUCCCGAGCUUAUGCUGAAGCUAUCGUACAUGCCGUUUGAAGUCAGUGGUGAUUGCCUCCUGAAAGAGUACUGCAAAACUUAUUGGAGCAUACUCGCAGAACGUUUUGUGUACAUAGAAAAAUUGAAAUCCAGCCAGCUGGCUGUAGUUAAAUUAUUACCAAAAUUGACCGAAGACAUUGUAACUAUCAUUAGUUUGUAUGAUCCCGUGCAAUUCUGUGCAAACAUUUUACCAUUUGUUAUGAAAAAAUUGCAUACACUUUACAGCGAUAACUGUUUGAAGGAUGUAAGGGAGACUUAUAAAAAUAUUUUAGAGUGUAUUGCAUCCAAGAAUAACUUGAAUAUAUUUAGAAAUGGAACGGAAAAAGAAAUGUUGGAUCUGUAUAUAAAAUUUAAUGAAUGUUUAUACGUUAUAGUUGAGAAUGAUUCGAAAUCACAUUUUAAAGAUUCUAAUUUUGAUUGUAUUGUCAGAACUAUGAUAUCUAUGUUGGGGCACAACUCCGACAUAUUCCACUGCUUUCAAACGGUCUAUUUGAAUUGUUUCUGUUGCUUGUUCAAAGAUAAAGUGAACUCGUCGUAUAUGGAAACAGUGUUACAAAGUCUUCAAGUGUCCUGCGAGACUGCAGAGAAACUGGGAUAUCAAAAAGCGAUGUACACUACGUAUCCCUUCAUCGCACAAUUGUUGAGACUUUUUGUAGAAUAUUUUGUAACUAACUGCGAUAGCAAAAAGUGGGAUAAACAUUUUGAUGUGCAACUGCAAGAGAUUUGCUUAAAAUUGACUCUAUUUUUGGUAAAGAAAUUGAGUAAAACCCAGCAGAUUGCUAAAUGCGAGAACUGUACCGCAAAAACUGGCUUACAUGAUGCACUGCGCCUGACAUUCCUUGUCAGACACUUUGUAAUCAUAUCCAUAGAUCAACAAUUAAAUAUAACGUCUAUUCUUCCAUACUUUUAUGAAGUAGUCAAGUUACAGUAUACAAUUUUGACAGAGCUGAACAAGCUUGGCUGUUCGAACCGGACGAAAUGCCUUAGAAAACUGCAAACUGACGUACAUAACACGGCAAUCACAUUAAACAAGGCCCAAUACUAUGAGUUUUCUAUAAAAUUAUUUAAUAUAUACCUCAAAAAUGAAAUAUGUUAUAUGAAAAAUGACUCAGAAUUUAAAAAUAUAGCCAGGGCACUGUACAAUAAAAGUAUCAGUGAACUCGAUUGUAAACUAUAUGAAAAUUCAAUAAGGAGUGCUUACUUGAGUUUAGUUUUCUCUGAACCGGAGGGGUUGACGUCUGACAAAUAUAUGAGUUUGGUAAUGGAUAUUAAAUCUAAGAUAUUGAAGAAGUACGAAGAAGAGAGUGAAACAGAAGGAAGUCAAGAAGGCUUACAGUUAAUGACAGUUUUAGGUGCAUGCCAUUUGUUAGAGGGAAAUAAUGAUUACGGCAAUUUGAAACCGUUCUUCUCUACAUUAAAAUUUAGCACCCUCCUGAAACACGAGUUCUCCAUGUAUGUGAAACUUUGGCCUUCGAUAGUCCCCAUAGCGGGAGUCUGGACUUCGUUGAAACAACUCCUGAAUCGCGAUCACAGUGCCUGGCUUACGGUUGAAAGCGAAGAAACUAUACUCUGGACUCUGUAUGAAGUGAUGCUGGAGACACCGACAGCUGUCAGGACUGUUCACUCUGAACACUACAAAGCUAUUGUUACCGAAGUGUUGGGCAGAUUCGAUAAAAAACCAGCAGAGAAAUUCGAAGAGAGAGCAGUGCACGCAACACUGCUGUUCCUCCAGUCUGAAUAUGAUAUAAAAGAAGCCACUGAGAAGUACGGUUGGAAGCCCACAGAACCGGUCCUGGACCCAGAUCAAGCGCGAGUCCUCAGGACUCUGCCACAGGAGCAUGAAGCCCUGCGUUGUGCUGUGCAAGCUGUACACAUUUGGACCGAAAUAUUACCUCGGUUAAAUGCAGCUCCGGUGACGCCACUUCUCCACCACUGCUUGCAAAUCGCCGAGAUCUUCGUCCAGCAGUUCCUGCACACAUAUCGUCACGUAUAUGGUCUCCAACUGGCCCAUGUGUGCUGCGAGCUGGCACGUCAUAUCGGUGCCAAGGAAGCCUACAUCCGGAACGCAGGAGUUAUUAUGCUCCAAGCAAGUAGACCAAGCGAUCAGAUCAACCGCAUUAUAGCAUUGGCUACAACUUACUGGACUGAGCUGAUGAAGUCCAAGGAAUCUCUGGAGGCUGCACUAGUGUUUGCUUGCGAGCUGGCUAUGUAUUACGAUAAAUGUGGUUCAACUACGACUGCAGCCAAGUUGGUGCAGUUUGCUCAGGCUCGGCUUCUGGACGCUUGGGGCGAUCCGGACGUAAAUUUGGACUUCGCGCUGGGUCGUUUAGUGGAAGCCCAGAGCCAACAGUGCAGAGACUCCGGUCCGAGCACCAUGAGCUCUGUCAACGCUAUACAGAGGCAUUUUGUAACCGUCACAAACCCCGAAUCGCGAUGGUGCAAGCGUAGAUGGGUGGGCAUGGCGCUGAAGCGGAGCGUGUGCGGGGGCGGAGCCCUGGCGGCGGGGCUGGCGCGCUCGCUGUGCCUGUGGCGGCGCGCCCGCAGCGCCGCGGCCGCCGCGCUGCCCGCCGCCAGCGCGCCGCUCGCCGCCCGCCUGCACGCCGCACUCACCGAUCCGCACCACGACGAUGCGCAGAUUAAAAUUGACAAUCGCAUCAAACACAUCCUGGGCUUGCAGCCGACAAACGAAAUUCAACCUUACUGCCAGCACCCAAACAGCAAAAUCGAACCCUUCACCCCGAAACACACGCUACUGGAGACGAUGCUGGAGAGUGAAGGGUUCAAAAAGGUUCAGACUAGCCCAUCCCUGCCUUGCAUUACAAUACCGGCUUUUAAAAUGUCCGAAUUUCUCACACACGACAAAAAGUGCACUUGUUAUGCGUGCGAAGCGCCAUAUUCCCUUAUCUUAGCAUUCCAGACAUGCGCUCUAGAAGCUUCCAUGUACUACAGAAGCAAGGAAUUCGAAAUCGCUAGAAGUUACUUCGCCGGCGCUUCCGAAGCGUUGAGAUUAUGCGAAGCGAAGUUAAAGGAUUCAUUCCGAAGCGCGUCGAAAAAAUUUCAGAAAUACAUCCUGGAUAUCGUUAAGGAUAUAUACGAUAGUGAGAUUAGAAAUAUUGAAGUGGAAAUGCUCAUUGAAGCAUCCUUCUAUGAACUGGCUCAAGGAAAUUAUGACUUGGUGAACGAUAGAGUUGUGAGAAUACACGAAAUAAUGCAAGAAACCAAACUAAACCCAUAUUUGGCCAAUGAUGUGAACAACCUACUGAUAGCAACAGCCAGACUGAGAAGAGUGUUCAAGAAGCAAGAAGAAGUUGGCUUGGAAGCGGAAAUGGAGAGCCUAAAGCUGAGUCCGAACUCGGAACUCAUAAAGACACCUGAAACUAAAUACGUACCAGAGAAGAAGACAAAUAAACUUGUGAAGGACGAGGAAGUACCGAUUCUGAAACGGAAAGUAAUAAAACUCAAUCUCGACGAUGACAGUCCCGAUGAGAAGGCACCGAGCCAAGAAGUUAAGAAACCGGAAUUCAAACUACCAGUUCCGGUUACGGCGAAGCCGGUUCUGGAGACUAUAACGCCAAGACCGAGCAGGGCCAGACCGAAGGUGCUCAUCACUCAGGCGACUGUGGACUCUCAGGUUUCCACCCCGAGCUCAAAAGCCAAUGAGAAAUUCUUCACACCCUGUGCCUCGACCCCUGGAGAACAAUUCUUCACUCCGAUGACCUCAUUGAAAACUUAUUCGAGAAAGCGGAGUGGAAUCGUGAAGAACUUGGAGAAUGAGUUCUCCACGCCCAAAGCUGGAGGCGAAAAGGAGAAUAUGGUGAAACCACCAGAGCAACUAAAGACCCCCGUUCAUUCAAAAAAUUGUCUUUAA